AUGGCAGUUCCAAAAAAAUGUACUUCUGCAUCAAAAAAACGUAUUCGUAAAAAUUGUUGGAAAGGGAAGGGGUUUUGGGCAGCGUUAAAGGCGUUUUCCUCAGGAAAAUCUCUUUCUACCGGGAAUUCAAAAAGUUUUUUGUGGGACAAAGAACUAAAAAAAAAAAAUCGGACUCUUUUUCCGAAAUUGCAACUAGGCAAAAGAAAAGGAAGGAAAAUCCAUGGACCGACCCCAUCAUCUCCACCCCGUAGGGCAGUUCCAGAUCUGGGGCUCGGCUCAAACCUGUUUACCAGUCCUCCAUUCGGCAGGAAAGACAGAUUGACCAAAUGCCCUUUCGACAAGCCCAAGGGUGUCCUAAAGUUCCUCCGCCGAACCCGUUCGGGAUACUUACCCAAGUAUCCCUUCACUUGUGUCUCCGAUGAGAAGAAUGGAAAAGAAAAGUAA